GGCUACGCCUAGUACGAUCGCAGCUGGAGGGACAGAAAGCAGUGAUGUGAUCACACUCAGCCCUUGCUUCACACUGGGGAUCGUUGCAGAAUUGGGUAUCGGUGUGAGGGCCAAGACCUGGAAGGCUGCAGUAUGAGCUGCACAGGGCUGGAGAGAUUCUCCGGGGCUGUAGAACAAAAGGCAGGACGUUAAGGCACAGAUAAAUGUUCCCAGACAUGGAAGAAAAGAAAAACUCCUCAAAACUGAGCAAAAGCAAACAGCCGGUGAAAACAGAAUGGGGCGCCCAAUAUGUGGUAUUUACUUACUUCCAAGGAGACAUUAACAGUGUGGUAGAUGAACAUUUCUCCAGAGCUUUGAGUGCUGCUAAAAACCCACAGGAUUUGAGUAGGAAGAACAAGAGUGAGGAUGUGAUCCUCAAAAAUGACAGCCACUUGACUCCCCAUCAAUGGAAUUUCUCGCCUCCCUGGGCUAGACCGUACCAAACAUCCCCUCCUUUAAACCUCUCCAGCUCUGACCUACAUGCGGCAGCUCCUGUGGCUACAGAUCCCUUCCAGCCCUCCGUUCUACAGGGCAUUCCUCCCCCGGGUUCAGAUCUAUGGCAUUUGCCUUCCAUGAGCCAUCCCAAUUUGACUGCUCCUUCGGAAUACUCUUCCUCUGUGCCUGACCUGCACAUGGCACAUGGAUCCACAUCGGAUGGGAAAUAUGGCUCUUUGCUAGGUCUUUUGCAACAGGAAAGGUGUCCACCGUCUGUGCAAGAGUCUUCGGAUUCCAGCACAGCUUGUCUUUCUGGCUCUGCAAGGUUACAAAACAUGAGCCACAGUUUAACUUCUGGGGGAGGUAUCCAGACUAGUGAUGGGAGGAGAGAUUUGUACUUUUAGAAAAUGAACAUGUUCGCCUAUUAAUUCUUCCCAGUGGAUUUUUUAAACAA